UAGGGACACUGAUUGAAAGGGUUUUCCUUAGAGAACUUCUUAAUCUUGGAGCCUAAACGGAAACUGAAACACGCACCCAGCCCAACUUCCGGAGGACCAAGAUCGCGACGAACAACCAGGAAGCGGUCGGCCUGGGAGCUGUCCCCGGUUCUCUGCUCCGCUCUCUAGGGAACUUUCCGGGUCCUUACACUCUGUUUUUCUUGCCCCGCGUGACCUCAGCUCCGUUCUAGGCUCCGACCCGGGCCGGCCACUCCGGAACCCGCCAUGUCGUCCGACUUUGAAGGCUACGAGCAGGACUUCGCGGUGCUCACAGCAGAGAUCACCAACAAGAUUGCAAGGGUCCCCCGACUCCCACCUGAUGAGAAGAAGCAGAUGGUUGCAAAUGUGGAGAAACAGCUCGAAGAAGCGAAAGAACUGCUGGAACAGAUGGAUUUGGAAGUCCGAGAGAUACCUCCCCAAAGUCGAGGAAUGUACAGCAACAGGAUGAGAAGCUACAAGCAAGAAAUGGGAAAACUCGAGACAGAUUUCAAAAGGUCACGGAUCGCCUACAGUGACGAAGUACGGAAUGAGCUCCUAGGGGAUGAUGGGAAUUCCUCAGAGAACCAGUUGAUAAAAUUACGUGAAGAGAGGGCACAUCUGCUCGAUAACACAGAGAGGCUGGAAAGGUCAUCUCGGAGACUAGAGGCUGGAUACCAAAUAGCAGUGGAAACCGAACAAAUUGGCCAGGAGAUGUUGGAAAACCUCAGUCACGACAGAGAAAAGAUACAGAGAGCACGUGAAAGGCUUCGGGAAACAGAUGCUAACUUGGGGAAAAGCUCCAGGGUUCUGACAGGGAUGUUGCGAAGAAUCAUCCAGAACCGGAUCCUGAUCGUCAUCCUGGGCAUCGUCCUGGUUAUCACCAUCCUGACGGCGAUCACUUUUUCUGUCAGAGGACACUGAUGUAUCUGCUCUUCCUUGAUAAACAGCGACCACGGCUCGUUCUGAGUAAUUAAGACAAAAUGGGCACAUGAAUCAUUUUCUUGCGCUGACAGGCUCUGAAUGACCCUCCCCCUCUCUCUCGCCACUGUUCAGCUGAAGUGCAGACUGUAAAAAUAUUUUGUAUUCCUGUUUGCAUGUGGGUUGGUUUCCUUUUCUAGGUUUGUCUUCACCCAGAUUUGUUCUUUAUAGGGGAAGGCGAGUGUUUAUUUGCCUUUUGGUAAUUUCAUCUGACCAGAGUAGCCUGGGUGACCUUCUUGCUUGCCUUGUGGGCGUGGCAGGGGUCACGGUUGGGGAGAGGGCACGGAUGAGUCAGUCACAGUGGCUUCUGAUGGGCUGUGCUGUUUGUCACACACCUCGUGUCACCGAUCAGCCCUUCUGUGAUGUCUGAGGAUAAAAAAUGCAGAGACCAGCAGGGCCAGAGCCACUGACAGGCCCUGCAAACCAGUCCUGUUCCUCCCCAGAUGUAGUGACUAUAGUCCACCUGCCCAAGCGUUUUCAUUGUAAAGGUGGGUAUUUAAAAGCAAUUGUGCGGGAAAUUGACUUAGCCCUUUCUCCAUUUUUCUAUGUGUGUUUUUUUUUCUUUUUUUAAACCCAAGAAUAUUUUUUGCUGAGUCUGCCCAAUAUCCACUUUUCACAACUUUGAUUACUGGCUGCAGGAAAGAUUUCCUUGCCUUCCAAAAAUCCCAUCCUCCCCAGAAUCUGGUGGCAGAGAGUGCCCCAGCUCGGUGCUUCCUGGUAGCCUCCUCUCCCCUGACCUGUGUAGCCGUCUCGGUAUCCUUUCCAUCUUAAUGUUUGUACUGUCGAAAGGAGCCGUCAUACAUGCAGAGGGUCUGUCAAGGUUCUCGCCACAUCCGUUCCAGUAUGUAAAGAGAACAUGAAUAUCUCAGGAAGAGCAGGAACCUGAUUCCAUUGGUGCGAAAUUUCAGAUGUGAUUAUCAGUAUGGUAUAGUCCUAUAGGCUGAUCCACUGGAAAUAAACUUGAUGGGAAAACAUCCGCUAACCUCCUUUCAAAGAAUCAGGGGUCGCAGUGCGUUACAAUAGGACGGCUUGAGUUUUCACUAACAGAUGCGAGCACAGCCUUCCUGAAUCCACAAGGUACUCAAACCUCUAACGUGCUUUGUGAUUUUCUCUGGUUUCUUCCUGUCCAAGGGAACCAGGAAUUGCGUUCAAAAUUAGUUCAUUUAUGAUCAGGUUGGUUCCAAGUUGCCUGAACUGAGGUCAUUCUCCCCCUAGUCAUAACGCGAAAUGUGUUUUUCUUAAGACUUCAUAGGCACUUCCAGGGUCCUUUCUAUCUUUUGGAUAUAAUUGGGGGCUUUGAAUCCUUGAAAAGCAAACCUGUUCCCUUCAUAAAAAAUGCUAAUUACCUGUGCCCAUGGGCUGAGAUCACCUGGAUGCAGCACUUGAUUUUUUUUUCUUCCCCCAACUCAGAAGAGAACCAUUAUGGUUUAGAGAGGAAACACACAAUGGCAAAAUCCACCUGAGAAAUUGCAGUUAUUGAAACAGGCUAGGGCCUGCAUGUGUUCAGAUAAAUCAUUUAGUAUUGUGUAAAUAAAGCCGCAGCCUUUACUUCUCGAGGAUGGUGUGGGAUUUUGGCAGAGCGCAGUAGCCCAGCAAAAGAGUGGGAAGCCUGUACUAAUUUUCCUAUCAGCCUUAGGGCUCUAUCCUGGCAAGAAAAUCUUUUAUUCUGAUAACGGAAUGAGUAUGUGUGAAACACAUCAAAGAAAUGAUGAAAAAGCAAGGCAACAAGUCAUCUCCUUCUCAUUUGGAAACUCUAAUGGUGGGGAAGUAUUCUACCAACCUUUCUGGUGGCUUCCCUCAAAACAGUUGGUCUUAGCUGAAGUGUAUAAUCGGUUGCCCAGGCACACCUCACGCCUCUAGACUUCCUGAGGCCACCUAGCAAGCCAGGUUGAUCUGAUCAUCUAAACUUGCUGGCUUCUAAAUAUUUCACCUGAUGUUCAUGUUGAAAGUAGAGGUAGUGCAGAAAGAGGGCGUGGCUCACCCCACAGUGGCAGCUUCUUUGGGGUCGAUCUCUUUAUCAGCCCUUGCCUGAGACUUUGCCCCAGUUCAACCUCAAGAGUGGGAAGAAGGUGAACAGAUAACCCUUGGCCUAACAGCCCCAUCACAUCCACCUCGAGAACAACCUCCUAGACCAAGAUAGUGAGCACUUUGUAGGAAGCUGGUCCGAAGGCCCCUGUAUCCCCGGCUGGCCCUCUCAGAUGCUGCAGACAGACUCAAAGGAGCCCCCUUUGAGGGGGAGGAACACUGUUCACCCCUCUUCCCUGGGGAAGGGGGAAAGCCCACCGAUUCAAAGCCAUUCAUAGAACUGUGAAAGGUCCUAGGAACUUAGUACGUAGAACUUGAUUGAUGAAUAUAUCUAAAGUCAGAAGCCUUUGUUAAAAAAUUGUGUUCAGCGGAAGGGUUGGGGGGUUGCUGGGGAGGAGGAAGAGGAAGGAGGAAGCCCUUGCCAUAUAAAAUUCAUGCAGACUAAACAGUUUCCCUGACAGAAUAAAUAAAGCGGAUGCUGCCUUGCUCCAGAAUCAAAAGCAAUUUAAUUAAAGUCUCUUAAGUUGUAAAGAGUUUUAAAUGUUCCAUGUUGAAGACGAAUGCCGGCAAAUGCAGCGGGCCUGACGUCAGCUGCCAGGCCUGGACUGGGAGGCCAUUUGCUAUUCUGUUUAAGGCAGGCUGGAUUGUCUUAUUUUGGAACCAGCUUGGUGGGGGGUUUGCUUUGCUACUGCUUCUGAGCCCUGAGCUUCAAAGGCUGAAAUUAAUGGUGAACAAAAUUGUGCGGCUCUGGCCGUCCCAUGCGGGGCAAGCCCAUUGAGGGUUAUCAUUAAGUAAAGAAAUAAAGAGGGGGAAAAAAGCCUGCCUGUUCCAAAAACCUCAUCAGAUAAUGACCUCAGUGAUUGGAUUUUCAUUACCAAACAGCAUCCAGAGAUUAUCUACUCCAUAGAAGAAGGGAGGGGGGGAGGGGGAAAAAAAAGAAAGAAAGGAAAGCAACUAUCUUUCUCUUCCUCUCUCUCUCCCCCCUUUUCUUUUUUUUUGCACAUCUUUUCUUUAAAACUGUCAGAUCAUUUCAGUAUUUCAAAUCCGAGGAAAACAGCCUGCCUGCUGCUGUAUUUGAAGUUGUAAUGGUGUCAAAAAGUCACGACUGACUGACAGCCGUCAGUCCCAGAGGGGCUCAUUAAAUCAUAAAAACUUGACAAGGAAAUAAUUGCGCAUCGCCAGCAACUUGGCGCCUGUUUAGACGUUUUUAUUUUCUUUCAUUAUUAGUCUCCACCAUUACGUUCAUUAACAAAUUGCAUUAAACAACUGUUAAGGGCUAAUGAUUUGUUUAUCGCUUUUUUUUAUUAUUAUUAUUUAAACAUUAGCCGUGUCAUGUGGUACCCCAGCAGCCUCUUGCCAUCAUCCAACUGAAUAUUUUUCCACUCCGAGCUCCGGGUACUGUUGGAAUAUGAAAUAGAUUAUUCAUUACUCUCCUCUUUGCCACUGAUUUGGUUUCAUGUAGCGUCUUCCACAGAGAAAGAUGAAAACUUGUCAAAAAUAGGUUAUAUCUUAUUCGAAGGGGCAACAAUAGCAGCAGGUACAGGCACACUUUAAUAUUUAAUUAAGGUGGAUGUUAACCCCUUUAAAUGACUUUAGCUGUAAGUUCUAUUCAAAUGCAGAAGAGAAAAAUAAUUGUUCUUAAUUUGCAACCUGUUUGGCAGGCACUCUUCAUGGAGUUAGCUGGAAAUUUAGAGCAGCAUUUUUAAAUAAUGAAAUUUCCCAUCAUAAAUAUGUAUAGCCAUUUGUCUACGUAGAUGAGAAUUAACUACCAGCCAUGAUUUCCUCAUCUCUUUGGUCUGAACUGCUAGCCUAGUGGGGCACCCAGUGCUCAGGAGUGGAGAUGACUUUCCUGGGAGAACGGUGUAUCCAGAGCCAAGGACCGUUGCUUGGUUGUGGCUGGGGCUGGUUUCCAAGGAACCUGUGAGUCCCCUGUCUCUGGCCCACUUGCCUCCUGCCUCUACCUGAGUGUGUGGUUGGAGGACUGUGGUCUGGAGUGAAAGUGAGUAGAGACCUCUCAAAGGAACACUUGUGCGUUCAGCCGGCUGGUGCUGGGAGGGUGUGAUGGGGCGUGUCUGGGCCAUCUCUCUGUGGUCAAUGAGCUCACUGCAAACAGUGCUUCCCUCUUAGACAACAGAAGCAGUGCUUUCCUGGGACUGACCUUUCGCCUCUUUUUCCUUUCUGUGACUUGGCGUUGGUGACAUGUUCGGCUUUUCCACAGGUUAUGAGAUCGAGGGAAAAUGUUCCAAUAUCAUUAUCAUUUUCCUAAGUCAGAAGUCAGAGGCAUCUUCCAGGUUGUAACUGCUGGCUGCGUCUGGUCACCCCAUUUGAUUCCAUGAGUUCACACAACCAUGCUGCCACUCUCAGAGGCCUGGUUCAUUGGCAGAGCAGGGAUGUUCUGGUCCAUGUCAGGGAAUGGGGGGAACUUUUCUCCCAGGCUCUUUCUACUCCCACCUACCCAGCCCCUGAGAGCCCAGACCCCUUGGGCGACCUCUCCAUGGAUGUGAAGAGGAGAGAUGGUACAUGUUCCUUGCCCAGCACCUCUCAACAUCACCGAAGCAAGGAGAGAUGGCCCUCCAGGAGCCAUGGCACAGGAGGGUCCAGCAGGUGUGAGCCAGGUGAGGCCUGGCCUCAAGCCUCAUGAUUCACCGUGGGCUUAGAAACAGCAGACAGCCCAGGGUUUGGGGGAUUUUAAGCCUCCAUUUCAGUCCACUCUAAAUUAGUCACACGUCAACUUACCAUCUUUGUUUGGAAUGGACUCCAUGUACCACAGCAAAAGGCUUGCUCAGAGUUGUUUUUCCAGAAAGAAGGAAGGAAGGCUCUGUGGUGAGCCAUCCCCAGUCCGCCUCCCCAAGACACUGGUCAAGGUUACUGCCUGAGAGGAGACGCUGGCCCAGACACUUGGCCUCACCCUAUGCUCUGCCUCACAAAUCUGAAACAAAAACUCAGGAAGCUGUCUUGUUUAUAUGGCUUGUCUCUGCCUGCAGCACAUCAGACUUAAACCAAUGGUACCUGCAACAGGCUGCCCACAUUAUGUGAAUAGUCAGGUGGCUCUUAGACACCCCUUUUUAAAAUGGGGCAGGUGAAUGUUUACACAGAAGAAAGUUCUUCAAGCCAUAGGCACUGCACCCAAGAAGGGAGUCCUUGAAGGAGAACCAAGAGCAGCCAAGCACAGGCAGGAUAGCCCAGGAGAAUGGUGUGUGUGAUUGGAGCCAAGGCUGGAUACAGGGUCCUGAAAUGGGUGAUGGAGCCAAGGUCAGUGUCCCCUCCUCUUGUGGAGGAGAGAAGACAUACUGAGUGCUGAGAGAGACUGCCCAUGUCCAUUAGGCUUUCAGGUCAGUAACAAGGUAAAUGUCCCUAAGCCAGCUUACCAGAGGCAAUUAGCACAAAACCAGGAUGGCGGAGCAACCAAGAUGGCGGAGCAACCAAGAUGGCGGAGCAACCAAGAUGGCAGGACAGGAAUGGGAGCGUAUGAGGUUGGGAGUGUAUGAGAACAUAAGGAACAGUGUGCAAGUUGAGGAUGAAGACGGUUAGAGGGGCUCAUCCCAGGAAACAGCCAAGGAGGAGGGGCAUUGGCUAGUAGGCCCUACCUCCUGCCACCCUGGGCCUAUCAUCGCCCUCCUUCACAAACAGCCAAACGAGAGGAAAGGCAGGGCGCCUAUCGCCCAGAACCCUGACCCGAAUCUCCCCGCCACCUCUGUUGCCAUUCCUCAUGGGGCUCCCACCAGGCUGUGGAAAAAGCACUUCCUCAGCCUAAAUCACCUGCUACUCAUGCUCCAUAAAUAACGAAGGCAUCACAGAGACAGGGGAAGCGCCAGGAAGCAGAGCCGGGCCUGUGAGUCUGUGAACCCACGCACCCCUCCUCCCCUACAUCCAAACAAGGCCCUUUGGCGUGAAUAAUAGCUCAGCGGCCCCGAAGCCUGUAUUGAUCGGCCGCGCUCGCUGCUCCGCUGAGAGCUGCCUGGACUUUUCCUGGGGGCAGGACGGGCACCGCUGAGUGCAGCCCACCCGCGCCUCCCCCGGCCUCCCCCAGGUGUGCUCAGGAGGGGACAGGACCGGGGGGAGCCAAGGCCCUGCUCCAGCUCAGCGGCGCUUUGUUGCCUCAACUUUUUAGUUUUUAACUUAUAUUGCCAGGGAAAGUACCUGAGUUGGAGAGAAGUGGUUUUGUUUUUGUUUUGUUUUUUUCUGCAUGCCGAGGCCCCACGGAGUUGAGAACGAAUACAACCUCAGGCUUCAACUUCUCUCCAGAAAGUUCUGCUCCUCAGAGGAGCCCUCCGCUGACACGCAGGCCUCCUGUAUGCCCACCACAGGGCUCUGCACGGUGGCAGGCUGUAUUGCAUUCUCCUCUUAAUUUUCCCCAUUUUCCAUCACAAGGGAGGGGAGCUGAGACUGUGACCAGAAUCCAUCGCCUCCUUUGAGGACAGGAGCUGUUGCCAAGUUCAGUAGAGAAGCGUCAGCUGGAGGCUGGUAGAGGUGGGACCGAAGCCUGCCAGCCCCGUUCCCCGAUGCCCCAACCAUACCACCCCAUCCCCUUGUUCGCUUCUCUUCUGGACAAAGGAAGUGGCCAAGGCAAGGCCUGGGCCCUCUAAAGGGUGUACAGUUGUAAGGUCAGCCAGGACCCCUCGUGGUGACAGCUUACGGGCUGGGAGACACCUGAAACCCCACCUUUGAAAACUCUACUCCUUUGGGUUGACUUUGGACCCUAGGACGAUUUAUGAUUUAUGAUCCCGUAGGCAGCGUCCUCAGCCACCAAUCCCCCUGGAGAAAUGUUGGACCUGAGGGAGACAGGGUAUCGGGGAGAAGCGACCCACCACUGGAGGGAGCAGUUUGCAGCCUCUGAGAAAGAGGAGAAGGGACGGGGGUCUGGGUUCCCUGGGACCAGCUCCCUGAAGGUUUCUCUUGGCAUCAGCUGCCCUUCUGGUAACAGAUGCAUUACUGGGGGCACAGCCUUGCCCCUAAAGUCCACACACACCUGGCCAGGGCCCACAGCUGCACGGACAGACACAGGGGUUCUGAGAACACAUGGGCUUUGCCGGGCAGAGGGAACUGGUCGAGGUCCCCCAAGAACCUCCCACAGCACUGCUGUGGUGGGGAAGGAGGACAGAACAGGGAAGCAGGUGGUACCAUCAGCAUGGCUGACCUUGGGGUCCAGCAGACUGCGUUCCUCCAAGAGCUGCUCCAGCCUCCCAGCUGAGUCCUGCUGAGGGUGACAGGAGGCCCAGGCUGUUGUGAUAUACAAUUUGAAAUUUGGGGGAAGCACCCAAACGGCUCACAUACACCUUGAGAAGACCCUCCCCACACUGCCCCUCCCUGGGGUCUUGACACAGAAGGGCAUGGUGAUCCUCAAGAGCCUCUCUCUGCCUCGUUUCCAUCUCUUCAUCCAUGCCCAUCCCUCCCAAGAAGUCAUGGAGAGAACAAGAGUGGAUGGCUUCAGUGAGCUCCUUAUUGUCCCCAGUGAGACUUCUAAAUAGUCUCUCCAUAUGAAACAUGAGGGGUAUAAUCAGAUUUGUUUAUCUAGUCAAUAAAUAUUCAUUGAGCAUCUACUAUGUUCCAAGCCCCAAAGAUACAAGGUCAAGAAGAUGGAUAAGAAAACAGGUAAAAUAGUUCCCCAGCCCUGGGGCUGGAGGUCAGAAAGCUGUUUUCAGGCCCAGUGAACUGACUUGCUCUCUGAUCCCAGACAAGUGACUCUCAGGGUUGGACAUCACCUGGCGAUGCCUUCACCUCUGCCACCUCCCACUGCUGACCCUGAGAUAAGGCGCACAUCCAUGAAUCACUUGGCAAAGUCCUUUCUAGACAGCAGCACUGUGUAUCCGUCCCUCCUUGCAAUUUCCCCGCCUACAUUUGCACAGUUGCCCUAUCUGAACAGGACUAAGACUGACACUUUCCUGCCAGUGGCCAGGUCCGCAUGAGCACUGGCCCCUUGUACAUCAAGAGCUGCCCAGGAGAGGCCAGGAACAGGAAUAGGGACCAUUUUGACUAAGAUUGACUUGGAGGAUUUUUUUUUCCUGCUUAUUAAAUGACAAAGGUUUGACUUAGCAGGCAAUCGGAAACCCAAAAUAUCAUAAAAGGAAAAAAGUUGCCGAGCGGCUAAGAGGUGCUCCACGGGAGUGGGGUCGGGCUGAACAGAUGGAGCAGGAGACUUUUUUUCAAAGGCUUCUUUCCCCUUCUUCUCCCCUCUGUCCCCCACAUGGAAAGGGGGAAAUAGAAGCAGAAUCCAGAUUUGGGCACGGGGGUGAGCUGUUCACCCUCCCUCGCAAGCACCCCCAGACUCUGGAGACACUUUGAUGUCUGGGCGCAUGGCACUCGGGGCUGGGAGACGCCUGGGCAUUCCAGCCUCUGGACCGGCCUCCCUGAGCUCCUUUGUGAGGACAGAUGAAACACAUGGAGUCCAAGAGCAGGGUAUUGAAAUGAGCAAAUGUGGAUCAGCGUCCCUUGAACUCUGGGCUGGCCACCUUGAAACAGCUUGGGCGGCAAAAGCCAAGCAGAUGAAUGAGCUUGUAUUCACAGAGCCCUCGAGCUGUCUGAGCUGUCGGGACCAUUUAGCCCUACCUGCUUGUUUUCAGAUGGGGAAAUGGAGCUCAGAGAGGGAGUGAGACUUCUUCAAGAUCACCCAGCAAGUCCGUGGUAUGGCUGGGGUGGAGGCCAAGUCUUCGGCCUCCAGCCAGGCUUCUCUCUUCUGCACAAGGAACUUCAACUUCAAUGAGCACCACGUUCUAGAGGCCACAGCCCGGCCACGGGGACACUGGCCUCCUUGAUAGCGUUGACCUUUGCACCACAGGAACCGACAUUCCUCAGCUAAACUUUUAAAACCAUCGUGCACAGAAAAACUCGAUUCCAUCCAUGUUGGCUAUGGUCACUCUUUUCUCCUGAAUGUCAUAUCUUCUGAGGAAUCGGCAGGGGACACCCUGGUUCUCUUUCCUGGACAGGGAAGCCUGGCGUGCUACAGCCCAUGGGCUCACAAAGAAUCAGGCAUGACUUAGUGACUGAACAACAACGAACACCGCUGGUUCACUCCUCAACUGAGCCACAAACAUCACCUGGGGAAAGCGCUGAGAUUCCUGCAAUCUCUCCUCCCCCUUCCACCAUCACUAGCCACCCCGCUCCACACAAGAAUUUUGUGAGAAACAAUGAUUAGAGCCCCACCCUGAUGCUGAGCCCGCAGGAGAGGUCCGGAUGCUGAGAGGAUGCUGCUAGAUCUGGGGGAGCCCUAGAGAGGCUCCUGCUCCUGCAGAGCUGCUGCAGUGCAUUCACACCCAGGAACAGCCUGGCAGCGCGACCACCCAGGGCUCCCGUGUCCUCCCCAAGUCUGGCAUCUUCCAUGUGGGCUGGGCUGCUGGUGUCCCGAGCACUGGGCCCUGCUGUGCCUUUUGCAAGUCAUACCCUGUUCCUGGCUUUGGCUCCUCACCCAGCAAAUGGGAAAGCCGGGCUGGAAGGUCCCAGGAAAGCCGGUCUCUGCCGACUCCGGUCAUCUAUGGCAAUGAAAAGGGAAUGCUCCUGACAAAGCAAGGGUAAAGGGCCCAGGGUUAAGAUGGCAGCCUUGGUAUGUAGAACCUUCUAGAAGGCCAGGAGAUGUGGCCUACUGAGCUUCUGAGAGGUCUUGAAUACAGGGUUGGUGUCAUGGGAUCUGCACUCAGAGGGUCCCCAGGCUUAGGGUUUCAAGCUCUGUAUCACUGUCUUGAGAGUCUUAAAGAGUUUUAUCUUGGUAAAAGCUGUGGUUUGUAAAUGAAGUCUGAUGGGACAAUGGACCAGGAAGUGGGGGGUUUGUGCCUUGGCUCAUGUGGUCUUGCGUCCCACUGCCUGCCUGUUCCUGGGGUCUGGUUCUCAACUGCUCCGCCUUCUGUCCCCUGCAGCCCUAGCUACACUCAGCCAUCCCCUCCCCACCUCCACUCAGCAACCACUGCCCGCCUGCCCCCAACCUGGGGCCAGGCAUGGAGGGGGUGGGGUCAGCAUGCCCAGCCCACGGUGCCUUGGGAUGGGGCAUGGUGGCUGCAGCCCCUACCCUACUCUGGCAGAAUCGGGGUGCAUUCACGGGGUACUCUGCAGGGACAAGCCUCUGGUCCCCCUGUUCCGGGGAUCUAGUGUAUACAGGGCAUCCUAGGGGUUGCCCGUCUGCUGAAGUUUGGGGCAGGGAGCCUUUGCAAGGAGAGGCCUGACCCCACUUCCUGCCCCAGGCUUGGGGCAGCGCAUGUCCAGCCAGCCACUGGGAAGGAAAGGAACCUGACCUUCAGGCUCCAGGGCAAGUAUGGGUCCCAAGCCACCAGGCAGGACUCAGGCCCGUGAGGGCCUGCACUCACCGGGGAGAAUCCCCAUUGUCUGCUCCGUGCCUGGGGGAGCCCUGUCCUCCUUCCUCCUGCUUCCCUGAAUCUGGUUUGCCUCUUCUGGCCAGUUUGAGGCACCCUCUUAAGAGCCACAAAAUACAGUGUACAAUGGGCAAAUCUACACGUGUUAAAUAUGCCAACAUUUGUGUGUAAAACUGGCGCUGUACAAUAUAAAAGUGAAUGGUACCAUUUGUGCUAGUAAUUUAAAAUUUUGAUUUAAUGUAGAAGAUUAGAAAUUUUUAAACACCAUGAGAAAUCGAAAAAGAGAGAGAGACCAGGGAAGAAAGGAAACAGCAUUUUUUUCUUGCUUUUUGAACCAGAGCCUCCACAUUUUUGCCUUGCUCUGGAUCUCACCAAUCACAGAGCCAGUCCCGCCUGGAUGAGUCACUUUCCCUCUCAGGCACCCCAUUUUCCUAUCAGGAAACCAGACCAUUAGCAGCAUGUUUCCCCGCCCUUGCUCAUGGGCACAUUAUGAAUGUGCACUUGGAUCAAGUCCCUGGAAGAGAUUUAGAAACCUGUAUGUGGUGUCAAUCCCCAGCCUGGGAGCCACAGCCAGCCCUUCAUUCUAGAACAGGAGUUCAGCCCCACUCAUGUGGGUUUCCCCACCAUUGAUAAGUCAGGCUCCCCCCAGGUGUUGUGUCCUAGACCUGAAGGCCCAGUCUGACCACCCACCACCUCCCAUACAUGCAUGGUGGAGGUGUAAGUGCCCAGAGAGCUUGAACCUGGAAUCCAAGCAAGUUGUGAAGUGGAAAGACGGCAGUCGGCCCCCCAGCUGAGCCUAAAGUGUGCAAAGACCACUAUUGAUCUCUGCACUCAUCCAUUCUGUUUGCUGGCAAGAGCCAGGAUUUCAGAGCCUAGUAUGAGGCUCAGCAUCAGCACCAGGGAGGCUGGGUACCAACCAGGUUUGGCUUUCAGGAUCAUCUUCUUAAGAAUGCUAACAAUCUUGAUUACAGUUACACUGCCGGGGUUGGGGCGGGGGUGGGAAGAGAUCUCCAUUUCAGAAUUGUUUCCAAGCCUACCAUCAUGGGGUAUGGGGGGGGGGGGCGGGUUCAAGUCCAGAGUUCAAUCUGCCUUGCCUGUGGACAAGCAGAGUCCAAUCGACCUUGAGGACUCACUAUCCAAGGGUCGAAUGGGCCCAAAGCAGCAGCCUGGCACAUCCUACAAAAGUCCUGUCCCUUUAAAAUAAUGUGUAGGGAGUGAAGGAAUGAAUCCGUUUAGAUCCACUUGCCUCAGUGGAGUUCAAAGGCUAAAUUGCAUACUCAACAACAUCAUUUUAGGAGAAAGCAAAAAUUAGAUGACCCCUCCUUUGACUUCUUUUACAGCUUUACUUCUAUAGGGGAAUGUCUCUCUAUCAUUUUAAAGUUUUGGAUUUUUGUCUUGUUUUACUCAUUUUCACAUUUUGAGUGAUGUGUUCUGGCAUCAGCUCAACUUCCUCCAGAUAAUUCAUUAGGCCUGUGAGCUGCUCGAGAGUGGGAUUAGAACCCGUGUAGUACAUGGUCGCUUUACACUGAGAUCUGCUAAUUAAUCACUCUUCUCUGUGUAGCUGAGCAAUAGCUCUCCUUCCCUAAGGAACUGCAAUUUCAUGGUUCCUAAUGAUGCUGCGAUUACAUUAUCUGGAUCACUUAGACGGUGGGUGUCAGGAGCGAUGCUCGAAGCCCGUCUCGAGGCUGGGGAGAAAUCACUCCUAAAACCAAGAGAUGAAGAAAAGGAGUUCAAAUGUCUGUUGCUAAUUUUUAUUAAUGUGUCGCUGUUUCUUACAUCUCAUGCAGACAUUAGUUUCAAGUUCCAGUUCCACCGAACCUCACGUUGUUUCUAAUAUUCACAGGGUUAUUUUUUUUAAUCUAUUUAUUUGCUGUAUACCACAAAAUAAUUUAUUUCUAGCAUUUAUUUUCAUUAGAUUUCUUGGAAAUGUGCUUCUGCAUAUCGUUAGUACAAGUAAUACAUUUUGAUUGUUGUUUCCUGAACUAACUUGUACUAUCUGAUGAGUUAAAUAAAACGGUUAAUUCCAAAGUC